GCCAGAUGAUGUUUGAGAUCCAUGAUGAGCUUGCGAGAUCGUCAGCGACCUCUAUACCGUGGAUGAUCGGGUGCACCACAAUUGCCCGACUGAUUGGUGAGAUCUGGGACUAUCAUGACGGCGCGUGGUUCGAUCAGCACAGUGAAGGUGUCAAACCCUCUGGCCCAGAUUGGGAAAUGCGGCUGCAUAAUGCCGUCCGGACAAUCCCUGCAUCCUUGCUCUACCAAGUCGACAUGGCAUUCGAGGAUCAAUUUGCAGGUUUGGAAUCGUGACAGAAAAAACAAGCGUUGGAUUUCUACAUGAGACUCAACAACCUCCGGUACUUAGUGCACCGAUCCGAAUCCGCAAGAACUAGGACCGCGCCCGACGGACCCGACGAUCUGGACAAGAUAUGUAGUCAGCUGGCAGCUGGGAUAAUCAAUGCUUACAACAGUAUUGCGCCUAACUACCCGAGCGUCGUUGCACCUUUUGUAUGGCAUUUGAGCAGCGCGACUAUCAUGCUUCUUAGCGUUGUACCGCAGCGUCUGCAUCUUCGCGAAGUCUAUCGACCAACGAUUCUCUCGGCAAUGGAGAACUUACGCAUUAGCGCAGCCAGUACCUGGAUAAGUGGCAGCUUCAUUCGAACACUCGCACGACUGAAUGCGAUCGCACAACAACUCGGACUGUUUAGCGGCUCAAUUAGAGAGGGCCCUGGUAGCUCGAUCACCAGUUCUCUAGCAGGGUCGCCUGCUUUGGCACGUUCUUCGACAGGCCUUAUGAACGAAGCUCUGUUUUACAAAGCAUUCAAUGUCGAACAGGAAAAAGGGCAAUCUUGAACCUGAGGGGCAGCUCAUGGCAGAAACAGACGCCUCUUG